AUGGAAGAUCCGGAACUGAGCGACGAUGACUUGGGAAGUGAAUUCAGUGUUCUGGACGAGCGUGAAGAAAGUUUUAACCAUGAAAGAGAGAACGUUGACUACAAGGACAAUACUUCUCAUACCGUCUCGGAGUACCAGAUGAGUGACAAAGGCUCGUUGUUGGCUGGUACUUCUGAUGAAGUUCUUCGUGCUGAACCGUACCCACAGUUUUUGAGUGAGUUUUUUUUGUUUUUUCUUGGUAUUUUAGGGCUUUUAAAGGGUUAGAAACUGAAUCAGGUGAUGUUGACGAACAUUUUGAUGGUUAGUAAAAGCUCUGUCCUAUUUGAUGUAAAACAACAUUUUAUAUAUGCAAAAGGCCCUUCCGAAUAUAAUGAAACCAUUGAAAACAUCUAAAAUUUGAGUUAAAACGAAAAAUAAUGAAUUUUGAUAUAAAACUCAGCUAUUUUACAUCUAAAAGAAUAUAAAUUUUCAUUAAAAGGCAUAUUAUUUUUAGCUCUAAGUCAAUUUGUGAGCGAUGGUAUGACCGAAAAGGCAGUUAAGACUUUGCUGGAUGAAUACAAAGUCAACAAAGAUGUCUUGGAGCAAGUUUUGUCGGCCGUUAUGGAGAUCAAGCUGGCUAAGAAGUUGGAAAAUGAUGAAGAAGUAGGUCUUAAAGGAUUUUUUGUAAAGCUUGCUGGUCAUUUGAACAGCUUUUUUAUGAACCAAAAUGUCUAGUUUAUAUUAAAAAUUAGGAAAAAGGCAAAAUUUCGACUAAAAUUGGCCGAAAAAUUAACUUUUAUCCUAAAAAAACUUGAUAUAAGUGAGUCAAUACCUAAAUAUUUUCAGAUGAAAUGCCUGAAAGAACAAAACGAAGCUCUGAAGUCCCUGAUCAAGGAAAAAGAUUCGAAAGUUUCCGAGUUGGAGACUAUUGUAGUAGAACAUGUCAAAGGAUCUCACACAACCCUGACUUCCUUGACUAGCCACAUGGAUAAGAUCAAUGACCUGGCUGAAAGCAUCAAUUCAUUGAAAAUGUCAACAAACAGCUCUCAAUUCGCAAGUCCAGAGAGUUUGGCCACUCUUCAGAUGCCUUCUGCUCCGGCUUCCGAACGCUCAACCUUCACCAUGGCUUCAGAGGCUAGCGGCUUGACUUUGACUUCAGAAGCUACGGACAUAAUUGCGGAUUCAAAGGCUGAUGUAAAUGAAACUUUGAUUGAUCUUUCGGAUGGUAAAACCGUCGAAAACAGCGUUCUGUCGUCCCAAAACGACGAUUCAGCCCCUCCAACUGAACACACCGUGUCUCAACAGGUCUACAACAAGGCUUCAGCUCCAGAAGCGGAUUCAGAAGGUCACGAAAUGGACAUCCAGUCCAUCAACACGGAGAUGAAUCAAUCCUUGACUUCUGAAUUGGACGUUCAAAGUGUACAUACUGACUCUACUCAAUACACCGAGGAUCCACACCCAUACGACCAGGCCAUGGCCGAACUUCAAGGCACGGGAGUCCCAACAGAAUCCGCCACUUUCCAGAACGACGUCAAAGCCGAACGUGACGAACUCGCCGUCCUGUACGAAGAACAGUGCAUCCUGAACGUGGAGCUGAAGAGGAUGCUCGACUUGAAGGUGGAAGAGAUCGCCGACCUCAAGAAGCAGAUCCGCAUCAACGACGAUGACCUACACCGCCUUGAAGACGAAGUCAACACCCAGAAGGCCAUCGUGAAGCUACUCGAGGCGGAGAGAGCCGACACCGCAGUCGAUGUGGACCCAAUGCUGGUCGAUUACGAGAAUCAAAUCAAGAAUCUGGAGAGCAUCGUGCAAAGCUACCAGGAACGGAACGAGGUCAAUUUGUUUUAAAGUUUGUUUUUCGUUUUGCUUUGGGUGGGGAUUUGGGAAUGCAGUUAUGGAAGGAGUUCUAUUAGGUUACUAUUAAUACUAUUAAGCUGUUCAAAUAAUUCUGUGCUCCCUCUCAAAGAUUUUUUUGUCAGGGGGCUCAGAAUUAUUUUAGAUAACGAAUAUGAUAGGACGUUCUUAGCUUGGAUAGUUCUGGGCGGGGUAAAUUUGGAGGGGGAGGGGGUGUUAAAAAUAAAAAAUCUUGCAAAAAUUUUUUUGAAAAGCUCGUUUGGGGUCUAAUUUGAAAUUUUUAAUAAAAUAAUUUGGGCGGGGUAAAAAAUUUUUGGGGGUGGAAUCCAAACAUUUUUUUUAAUUUUUCAAAAAAAGGAUGAUUUCAAGUCAUUGAAAAAUUCUUUUGAGUGUGGGUAAAAAGUAUGACUCCCCUCCCCACCAAAAAAAGAAUUCUAAUUAAAAAAUGAAUAACCCCUCCCCCCACCCUCAUAUAAAGAUGAUCCCCUUACCUCUUAUCAAACCAAAAUUUUUACCAUUUUCUUCAAUUUUAGUCCCCGUGCAAACGCCGUCGCCACCACCGGUGCGCCCAUCGUUACCAACCCCCAAUAACCACACAACCGGUCAGCUCAUCCUCCCAUCCCCCACCCGCAUCCAGCAUCUUCACCCACAUUGACCAGAAGAUCGCACAGUCCAUCGACAAAGUCAACGAACACCUCGAGCGUGUCCGCAACCAACACUUGAACCGUAUGACCAACGCGCAAAUGUUCGUAUGUCAAAGUUGUAUGCACGCGUUCCGCUCCCAAGGCCAGCUAGUCUCGCACCAAGCUAAUUGUCCCUCCAACCUGGAUUAA